CAGAGUGGGCAGACUGGGAGCAAGUUUGGGUGAGGGAGUCAGGGCCAGUGUCCGCUCCGUACCGGGAGGGAGACACCGCACACGGGCUCGAGUCCGUGGGGGGGGGAUAGCUGAUUCCACCAGCUUAGUGCGUCUAUUUCCUCAACAAAACAAGAAAAAGAACGAGGAGACACUAGAGAGGAAAUACGUUUUAAGGAGAUAUUAUCUGGACAAGACAUCUCUUCUUUCUCUCGCCCUGCGCGGCCCCCUCCUUCCCUCCCUCCCUCCUUUAAGACCCCCCAAGAGAACGACCACCAAAAGAAAAUACCACUUGACCAAGCUUUGCUAAUACGCGAUGCACCUUGAGCCUCAGAAAAAAAAAUCGACAACGGUUGUUUUUUUCUUAUGACCGCAGUUACUGGACUUCAACCUAUGAAGAUUACAGACACUGUUUCAAGUGUUGACACAGUUAGGUUCUCGACUGAGAGUAAUCAUCUUAUUCCUGAAAAGUAACGUUAACUAGGCUGUUUAUCGCCCUGUUUCUUUUGUCACGGUCGGUUUUGCGUUUUUCUUUAACCAUUUGUUAAGCUUUUGCGCAGUUUUCUCCUUAUUUUUGUUGCUCCUGUACGUUUUAUAACGACAAUGGUCUGACAGUAGACCGCUAUAGAGCCAGAUUGCUGAACGGUGACGCGACGUGUAUUCAGGCGUACAGAAUAACCCGGUUCACCGACGGACGAUUAUAAAAUAAAUAAUAAUAAAAAAAACACCUUUAAAAACAAAACUAAACAAAGGAAUUUGUAUAACCACUCUCAUAGGAAAGUUUUACGACGCUUCGAAUCGAAGCCAGCUUGACCAUAUUCAUCUCUCAGUUUCUCCAAAGAUUAUGGGAGGCUCUGACGGCAUGAAAAGACACACAUAAGUAAACUCCGGCUAAUGAGAUACCGGUGAGAAUCAUCGAGUUACCUGCCCGUUCGAUCUACCUCCUCCCCAUCCACAGCUGACACUUGACCAUGACAAUAGACAAUGUUUCUCUGAAUUACUGGUCAGAGGCUCUGGGCUGCACCCAUGCUUUCCUUAGAUGAGCCAUUGGACCUGAAGCUGCCCCGAGGGCACAUUAAUGGGCAGAGCAGAAGUUCCAAGUCACCGCCCACUCUCACCUCCUCUCUGGUCCAUACCAAGAGGGUUGGGCUUCUGCCAAUUGCUGAUGGGACAGCGGAUAUUGUUUCAGCCUCCCCUGCCUCCCCCCACAUAGGUGUACCCAUGGUGCCCCAGGAGAAGCCUGAACUCCGUACACCACCUGCAGUGGACCUCAGUAUGUCUCCGUCCUCUCAUCACACACCCUGUUCCCCCGAGUUCACUAAUGGAAAUGGCUCCUCUCAUUUGUUCUCAGGGCAGGACUCUGCUCACAUCCGUUAUGUUAAGGGAGGGGCCCCUUCACAAGCCUUCCAGUUCUUUUUGCCAAUUGGAGGAGGAGGAGGGCUCCAUCUACCAUCCUCAAUGUUUAUUGGCCAGCCCAAGGACAAAAGGGUCUCCCCUGAACUUUCAGCAGACGAACAGUUGUCCUGUAGAUGGAGGAAGUGCCAAUUGCUUUUUGACUCCUUGCAAGAUUUAGUGGACCACGUAAAUGACUUUCAUGUAAAGCCUGAGAGGGAUUCUGGCUAUUGCUGCCAUUGGGAGGGCUGUGCACGCAAAGGGCGGGGCUUCAAUGCAAGGUACAAAAUGUUAAUCCACAUUCGUACACACACCAAUGAGAAGCCUCACCGCUGCCCUACCUGCAACAAGAGCUUUUCACGUCUGGAAAACCUCAAGAUCCACAAUCGUUCACACACAGGUGAGAAGCCCUACAUUUGCCCUUAUGAAGGCUGUAAUAAGCGCUACUCAAACUCCAGUGACCGCUUCAAGCACACCCGUACGCACUAUGUAGACAAGCCGUACUACUGCAAGAUGGCUGGCUGUCUGAAGCGUUACACAGACCCAAGCUCCCUGAGAAAGCACAUCAAGGCGCAUGGGCAUUUUGUGGCUUUACAGGAGCAGCAGACAAGCCCAGGUGUGGGAGUCAGAGAAAGAGGUGGGGGCGGGAGCUCACCCAUGCUGAAGCAGUCUCACAUCACAGGGAAAGAGUCUGAGCUGAGCUACGCCCAUAUCAUCCUCCCGAGUGCGGCAGCUGCUCUUCUGGGCACCUCUCUGCCCUUAUCUCCUCUGAGUCCUCGACCCCUGGACCUGAGCAUGCUGGGAAGUCCUAGCUCACCUGUCCUGUCCUUCAAUGGCCUAGCCAAGUCACCACUGCUGCCCCCUGCCUUCUCGACCUCAGCACUUGGCUUGCCUGUGGUGCCUGUGUUGUGCUCAGAUCGCAGAGGACAAGCAAAGGGCAGUUCUAGAGUGAAUGAGGGUGAUGAUGAGAGCCCUAGGGGCAUCCUCAACCUCUCUACAGGAGUGUCCCAUGACCCCUUGUCCUGGGUGGUCAUACCUUCAGGCUCUUUAAUGUUGAAACCAGCUGUGGUCAACUGAGAAGGAUCCCCCAAUCAUUCCAGAGGGAACGAAGGGGGGAACGGGGAAGCACAGGGAUCAAAGGUCAAGGAGCUGAUUUUCUAUUUUCAUAAAUCAACAGCUGUCCACAGUCCUCUGAAGCGACAUAUCUACCCAUUAAUUUCCAGCAUUUCAUUUUAGUUUUGUAUCUGUUCAUUACCAAAGGCACGUUUCCACUGAGGUUCCAAAAUCUUUUAAAGAAACUAUAGGGUUCCAUAACUAUCAUGUUACUGAAUAAGUUCCUGUUUAAUGUUUCACCGCACUGCAGUACUGUGACCAUAUAAGAAUGACACAACAGAGCGAACACAGAGCAAGCUGAGAUUUACACCAGCCGUUAUUAAUUUUGCCUCACUGUGCAAAUAUAAUAUUAACAAUAAUAUAGCUUUGGAAACCAUCACACAAAUUUGUGUGCUAAACUUGCCAUCCUCAGGCCACUAAAAUGUAUAAAAUGCAGUGCCGCAUUUUGUGAAUCACCAUCCUCUGAAUAACAUAACAUAAUUACAUAACAUCACUAGUUAUAUUUUGAUCUUAAUCAUACAGGGACUUUAUAUAAUUUUAUAUGUUUUUCAAACAGACAAAUAUACGAAUUCCAGUGCCACCAGAGCAACAGGAACAAGCUGGUAUUACCCGGCACUUUUCAAACUACUUGGGCGGUGACCCAGCACUUCAGGCAAUAACAGAAAACCAAUCAAAACUUCCAGUUCAGCUGAGGUGUGGGACAUUUCUCCUAAAGGGGAUCUCCUAUAAGUGAUAAAGCGGUAACCACGCUUUGGCGCUCCUUGCUGCUUAAUAAUCGUGUGUUGAAUCAGUAUCGCAAAAAUGUCAAUACUUUAAGUGACAGACACACACACAUAUUCUUUAUUCUCAAUCAAAUAUAGGACCAUUAUUUUUUUUACACCUCCCCUCAGAAUAACAGCACUGAGUCUAUUCCUACAAUCAUGUUUGCUCCUUUUUUAUGAAAGGUGCCAAUUAUUCUGGAAGACACUGCAAAACACAAUUUACUGUUUGAUUAUUGUUUAUUAUCUAAAUCAGGCUUUUAAAAUCAUGGAUGAAAGGGUAAAUCUGUGAUGCUUUUUGGGACAUUUUGUACAGCAAGCUCCACAUUGGUAGUUCCUGGUCCAUAGAGAAGCAUCAUUUCUGAUAUACUGUAUGUGUCUUUCCCUAUUCAAGUAGAUAGGAGCCUGCUCACUGGACUGUUCUGCAACACAGGAAUUAAUAUCUAGGGUGAAAACAUGCUUAAAGUUCAUGAGUUCCUGAAAAACUUACUCAAAAGAGUCUUGCAGUGGAAACGUAUCUUAUAUGAACAGAGAUAGGGUGUAAAACUUAGCAGUGGGCCAAGGACCAUCACAGGCCCUCACUCUUAGUUUUCUUGCUUUUUUUUUUUUUUUGUCUGAAAGUACAAACUGGACACUUAAGAAUCUAUACCUGUGUUUCACUAAGCACUCAGCUGUUUCUAUAUAUUUAUAUGUAACAGGCAUCUCUGGACGCCAAUGUGUGCGACACCACCUUCUGUAAAGAUUCUUAGUUUGACAUCACUCUUUGGUGAACUGUAAAACUGCUUUGAGGGCUGUUCUUCUGAAUAUUUUGAUAAUGCAGGUAAAAUAUUACAUGCAUGGAAUUUUUAUUUAGGCAAUGCCACACUGAUUCAGUCAGCUUUGGCAGAGGAGAUUGGCUGGUAGGUUAAUUAACGUUCAUUUAGUUCAGAGGACAAUCAGUGCAUUUCAUAGGGCUAUUUUAGUAAUACAGAGAUACUGUUCAUUUACCCACAGACAAACCUCUAGAGAGAGCUGCUAUGCUGUCUGGCUAACUGCUAGUCUAGUAUAUUGAACUGAGACUUCAGGUUGGAUACAUGUAUGCAUGACAAUCUGUCCUCUUUAAAACAAAACAAAAAAAACAGCCAACCAGGACUAUUUACAUAAAGUCAGGUUUGAGUCUGGCUUAAAUUAGAUGGUAACAGACACAAGACUCAGAGCUGAGUUUUAAGAUAGACAAAGGUGUUAUAUUUUGCUUGCCACCUCCAUGUAGAUAACUGUGGCACUAAUGCCACCUGUUGGACAUUUGUUUUAAUGACCUCACACACUAUGCUAGCACAGCAUGGCAUAGAUAAAUGUUCUUUAACUGACAGCAAAUGUCAAACACACUGUGCAUUACAUAAAACACACAUACAAACACAACUGGUGUGCGGUACAGGCCUCUGGGCCAAAUGUGAUUUUGACACAGAAUGACUCUUGCAGGCAAAUACAACCCCUGGCAAAAAUUAUGGAAUCACCAGAUAUAGAGGAUGUUUUUUUUUGUUUUUUUUUAAACUUCAUAUCAAAUAAACAAAUCACAAUUUUUGUUUAAUAGCUGAGCAUUCUGGCUUCGUGAAACGUCCUUCAAAAAAAAUAAAAUAAUAAUAAUUACUUUAAUUAAUGGUAUAUUUCUUCCAGGUCAAGUAUACGAUAAGAUAAAAUUAUGGAAUCACUCAAUGUUGAAGGAAAAAUUAUGGAAUCAUCAAAAUAUAAAUCCCAAUUAGUACUUUGUUGCUCGUCCUCAGGCUUUUAUGAUGGCCUGAAUUCUUUGAGGCAUGGACUUCACUAAGGAAAAACAAUAUUCUCUAUCAAGCUGAUUCCAACUUUCUCGAAUAGCUGUUGACAAAUCAGCUUUGCAGGAUGGAGUCUUGUCAUGGACCAGUUUUUUUUUUCAUAUCCACCAUAAAUUUUCAAUCAAAUUGAGAUCCGGACUGUUGCUGGCCAUGUCAUUGAGUUGAUUUGCCUUUCCUGAAGAAAAGUUUUAACACUCUUUGCUCGGUGGAAAGGUGUAUUAUCAUCCUGAAAAUUUACUUCAUCACCACCAAACCUAUUUUCUAUUGAUAGAAUGAGAAAAGUGUCCAAAAUUUUUAUGUACACCUGUGCAUUGGCUGUUGAAGUAAUGUGUGCCUAAAGAAAACAAUCAAAUUUCCGUGCUCAUUUAUGAUAUGAGGAUGGACCAGGGGAGACGGCAGUCAUCUUAAUACGUUUCAUUAGAAUGAUACCAUACAAAAGUUCCAGCAUCAUCACAUUAGCCAAUGAAGAUUUGUGAUUCAUCCAAUUUCAUCCAAUCAAUCAUCCACACUCCAUGAUUGCUUCUCUUGAGCCCAGUGUAACCUUGUUUUCUUUUGUUUAGGUCUUAGUGCUGGUUUGUUUGUGUUUUCUAUAUGUAAAUCCAAUUUAAUUCAGUUGAUUUCUUACAGUUCUGUCACAAACAUUCAGGCUGCCUGUUUGUUUAUUUGUGUAUUGCUUUGAAUCUUUUUCUGCUGACGUUUGACAUCUUCCUUGGUCGACCCGUAUGUUUUCCUUUUAUAACCUUCACAUUUUGUUAAUGCUUGCACUAAAUUUUAGACACAGCUGACUUGCUUCCUUCUUGAGGGAGGUUUAUAAUCCUUUUCAUUGUUUCAUUUGACAACUCUCUUGUUGGCGCCAUGUUUCCUUUCAAUUAGCCAAGUCCAACAGUUCGUUAAGGUCUGUAAGAAUUCUUUUUUAACUGUAGAAUAAUUAGCAUUUUUUUUUAGACCUGUGCCAGUAUUUGUUUUAGAAAUGCUAAUUAAAAGGAGAUUCCAUAAUUUUUUCCUAUACUUGAUCUGGGAGAAAAAUGCCACUACUUAAAAUGAAUUACAUUUACGGCAUUUGGCUUAUCCAGAGCGACUUACAUUUAUCCCAUUUUUAUACAACUGAGUAGUUGAGGAUUAAGGGCCUUGCUCAAGGGCCCAGAAGUGGCAGCUUGGUUGGAUUUGAACUCAUGACCUUCUGGUCAGUAGUCCAACGUCUUAACCAAUGAGCUACUGUUGCCCUAUUGCAUACAAAUUUAUACAUAUUACACUUAU